AUGGAUCCCUUGGAUUUGGAGCAUAGGCAGACUGCUGAGCAGUUCCCCGGUCCAAUUAUACCGACGAGUUCUGGUGGUGCUUCCGUCAUAACCACUGAUGUCAUAAUGGUUGUAUUGACGGGCGUAUGGGUGGGCUUCCGUUUGUAUGCUCGGAAAAUGAAGAGAAUGCAAUUGCAAGUGGAGGAUUACUUUCUCCUCAUAGCAUUGAUUUUCUUCUACAUAAUGAUCGUUAUCAGCUUUUUGAUGGUUUAUAUGGGGGGACUUGGUCAUCAUAUUGCUUUGCUAAAUGCCUCUACAAUAACGAAUCUCCUUAAGUUCUCACUAGCUUCCCAAGUCCUCUACGCCGUCUCUUUGGGCUUGGUAAAAUGCAGCAUUUGCCUGAUGUUGGCGAGGAUAUUCUUUGUGCGCCCCUUUGUCAUCGCUGCGAGGGUGGCUAUGGGAUUCGCAGCAUCUUGGGGUUUAAUGACAUUCUUAAUUGGCAUCCUGAUCUGCCAACCCAUCGAAAUGAACUGGAACCCUGAAGUCAAAGGCGGGAAAUGCGGUAACCAAAACGCCGCCUUUGCCUCAGUCGGCAUCGUCGACCUCCUCACCGAUCUCGUCAUCCUCCUCCUACCUAUGCCAAUGGUCGCAAAGCUCCAGAUCCCGCGCGCGAACAAAAUCGGCUUAGUUUGUAUCUUCUGCACUGGAAUGCUGUACGUUGCUUCCCCCUUCUUUCCCCAAUCUGCGCUUAUUCUCAGUUUGAGAUACGAAAAUACUAAUGUGCGAUGGGGUAUUAGGACCAUGGCCAUUGGUAUUGUCCGCGUUGUAGCUGUUACCACCGUCAAUUUCAAAGACUUCUCCACCGACGCAAAAGACGCGCAUAUCUACUCGGUGGUUGAAGUGGGCAUCGCCAUCAUCGUGUCAUGCUCUCCCACCCUCCGGCCCAUAUUCGACAAGAUCUUCCGCACCAUCUCGAAUCUGUCCAGCGGGACCAAGAGCAACAUCGGAAACCAGUAUCUCUCGAAUCGCACGGGGCGGAGCACGACGGCUGAUGGGUUCAUGCAGAUGGGGGAUGAGAUUGCGUUGAAGAGUAUGGAUGGCCGCAGUCGGGACGGGAGGGUGGAAACGAGAAUCACAGCCAGCGGUACGAGUUCAGAGGAGUACUUGGGAGAAGAGAACGCCGUGAAGGGGAAUACCGACAAUCUGCCUGUAAACCCGAGAGGAAUUUUUGUGAAGACGACCGUGGAUCACCAAUAA